GCCAUGUGCGUCUAUCGUGUACGUAUGACACAAACUCUUAACAUUGAAUCUCAAAAUCAUGAUGAUAUUAUUUACAACUUCCUAAUUGGUGGCGAUGGCAAUGUGUAUGAAGGACGUGGUUGGGAUGUAGUCGGUGCACAUUUGCGUGGCUUCAAUUCGGACAGUAUUAGUUUCGCCUAUAUUGGUACAUUCAAAAAACAAAAGCCAUCAGAAAAACAAAUGGAUGUCACAAAAUUAUUAUUAGAGGAGGGUGUACGAUUAGGUAAACUCUCGCCGGAUUAUAAAAUAUAUGGAGCAUAUAUGUUGGAUCCUACAUCGACAGAUGCAAGAGCAGAUGAGUUGUACAACAGCUUCAAAGGUUGGCCACAUUGGUCUGAGUAUCUAUUUUCUGCAAACGCAAAAUGAAAUGUGUCAUAUAUUUUAAAAGUAUAAAAGAAAUAUAUUUUCUUACAUAUUAUGCAGAGUGAAACGUUGCUAAGCCCAUUUUUUCUACAAAAUUGAAUGUGUAUAUUACAUAAAAAUUAAUAGUUUCUUAAAAGAUCCAAUUACCUGUUUUAUUUCAAACUUUUUCAGUUCAGUGAUGUGCAAACCUUCUAAGUAGAAAAUAGUCACAAAUGAUGUUAUAAGUCCCUGAUAUUACACAAGGUCUUCUACAACUUUGGGAAAUUUUAUUCCUUUGAAGUGUUCUAGCUUGAAAUAUGCAGUUAAAAUUUUUGCAAAUAUGUAUGUACUUGAAGAAACUGAAUUUUAAAUGCUUGUAUUCCCUCCUGUACUAUUUUAAAAACUGGACUAAGCAACUCUUCGUUUUAAGCUAGCGAUAUAGUACGUUUUUAUACAUACAUACUGUACAUAUGUUCAUUUUCUAUUAUU